AUGGGUUCAAAACGGAGACGGGCUACUUCUCCGUCCAGCAGUGUCAGUGGAGGGGAUUUUGAGGACAGCCAAACUCCCCCAGUGCCCUCAACGAGUCGUAAGAGGCGAAGGACAGCAAAUAUUCCAACUGUCGACCCAAUUGCCGUGUGCCAUGAACUUUAUAACACUAUCCGAGACUACAAGGAUGACCAAGGCAGGAUGCUGUGUGAGCUGUUCAUUAGGGCACCUAAAAGGAGGAACCAGCCAGACUACUAUGAUGUGGUGUCUCAACCUAUUGACAUGAUGAAAAUCCAACAGAAACUGAAGAUGGAAGAGUAUGAUGAUGUAGAACAGCUUACAUCUGAUUUUCAGCUCCUGUUCAACAAUGCAAAGACAUACUACAAACCUGACACUCCAGAAUACCGUGCUGCCUGUAAGUUGUGGGACCUGUAUGUACGCACAAAGAAUGAGUUUGUUCAGCGGGGGGAGUAUGAUGAAGAUGAUGAGGAUGGUGAUGAUGCACAGGAGAACCCAGGAGCUGCCACCGAAGAGGAGCCUACACCAAACUGUCUGAAAGAUGUCCUGGAACAGCUGCUUGAUGCAGUGGUGUCAUAUACAGAACCUUCUGGAAGGCUUGUCAGUGAGCUUUUUCAGAGACUGCCCUCUAAAGUGCAAUAUCCUGACUACUAUGCCAUUAUAAAGGAGCCAAUAGAUCUUAAGACCAUAGCCCAAAGAAUACAGAUGGGCUAUUACAAAAGUGUGCACCAUAUGGCCAAGGAUAUUGACCUCCUGGUAAAAAAUGCCAAAACAUAUAAUGAACCUGGGUCUCAAGUAUUUAAGGAUGCUAACACCAUCAAAAGGAUUUUUGCACAGAGGAAAAUGGAUCUCGAGCAUUCUGAGCCAAUCAAAACCAGCAUUCGAAUUCGGAACAGAAGGUCAGCCCAGGGGGACAGGCUCUCUGCCAUCACCACGGCCCUGCAGUACGGAUCUGAGAGUGAUGAGGAUGCCAUUUUAGCAGGUUCGGUGCACUACGAGGAGGGCGAAUCGGAGGCAGAGAGCAUCCAGUCCAGCCUGGACGUAAGCAACCCCAUCUUUCAGAUGUACGAGGCCGUGAGGGGCUGCAGGAACAGCCAAGGCCAGCUCAUGGCAGAGCCCUUUCUACAGCUGCCCUCCAGAAAAGAUUACCCAGACUACUUCCAACAGAUAAACCAGCCCAUCUCCCUACAGCAGAUACGGAUGAAGAUGAAGAAUAACGAAUAUGAGAGCAUCGAGCAGAUUGACGCCGAUCUUAACCUGAUGUUCGAGAACGCUAAGCGUUAUAACGUCCCUCACUCCCCCAUUUACAAGAGGGUCCUCAAACUUCAGCAUAUCCUGCAGAUGAAGAGAAAGGAGCUGUUGAGGAGAGAGGACGAGGACGGGGACAGCAUGCUCUCUUCCACCAUGUCAGACGGCGGCAGUGCCAAGCGUAAGAGUCAUAAAAAGAACACUAAGAAGAAUCGCAUGAAGCAGCUUUACUCUGCUGUGACGGAGGCUCGUGAACCAGGCACAGGACGCAGGCUGUGCGAUCUGUUCAUGGUGAAACCUUCAAAGAAAGACUAUCCAGAUUAUUACAAAAUCAUUCUGGAGCCCGUGGACCUUCGCACCAUCGACCACAACAUCCGCUCUGAUAAGUACUUGAGCGAAGAGUCCAUGAUGGAAGACAUGAAGCUCAUGUUCCGGAAUGCACGCCACUACAACGAAGAAGGUUCCCAGGUGUAUAAUGAUGCCAACAUCCUGGAGAAGAUCUUGAAGGACAAGAGGAGGGAGCUGGGACCAGUGCCAGAUGAGGAUGAUAUUGUCUCACCAAAGCUGAAAAUAAGGAAAAGUGGCAUCUCCCCUAAGAAGUCCAAGUAUCUGACCCCUCUGCAGCAGAAGCUAAAUGAGCUUUACGAGGCUGUGAAAAACUACACCGACAAACGUGGUCGACGCCUCAGCACCAUCUUCCUCCGCCUACCUUCUCGGGCUGAGCUGCCCGACUAUUACGUGGCUAUAAAGAAGCCUGUCGACAUGGAGAAGGUCAAGAGCCACAUGCUUGCCAACAAGUACCAGGAUGUGGAUGCCUUAGUAGAAGACCUGGUUCUGAUGUUCAACAAUGCCUGCACUUACAAUGAACCGGAGUCCCUGAUCUAUAAAGACGCCCUUGUGCUACACAAGGUCCUGCUAGAGACGAGGAGAGAUCUAGAGGGAGGAGAGGACGCCCAUGUCCCAGACGUGCCCCGUCUCAUUCAGGAACUCAUCCGAAGCCUAUUCGUCUCCGUUCUGGGUCACCAGGACGACGAGGGUCGUUGCUAUAGCGACUCGUUGGCCGAGAUACCCGCCAACGACCCCGCCAACCCCGACAGGCCACCUCUUAACUUUGAAAUCAUCAGAGCCAAUGUGGAUAAGGGUCGCUACAAGAGAUUAGAUGUAUUCCAGGACCACAUGUUUGAGGUGCUGGAGAAGGCUAGACGCAUGCACAGGACAGACUCUGAGAUCUUUGAGGAUGCGGUUGAGCUGCAGCAGUUCUUCAUCCGAAUCCGAGACGAGCUGUGUAAGAACGGGGAGAUCCUGCUCAGUCCUGCCCUUAGCUACACCUCCAAGCACCUUCACAGUGACGUAGACAAGGAGAAGAAGGAGAAGCUACCCAAAGAGUUUGAGGAGGACAAGUUGAAGAGAGAGGAAGAGAAAAAAGAGGCGGAGAAGAGCGAGGAGUCGGCGGGCGGGGCAUGGCAGGCGGGACUACAGCGGACGUACAGUCAGGACUGCAGCUUUAAAGACAGCAUGUACCACGUCGGAGACUACGUCUACGUGGAGCCUUCGGAGCUCAACCUGCAGCCGCACAUAGUCUGCAUAGAACGCCUGUGGCAGGACGACGCCGGAGAGAAGUGGUUGUACGGUUGUUGGUUCUACAGACCCAAUGAAACCUUCCAUCUUGCCACACGCAAGUUUCUAGAGAAAGAAGUUUUCAAGAGUGAUUACUACAACAAAGUCCCGGUCAGCAAAAUAAUGGGAAAAUGUGUGGUCAUGUUUGUGAAGGAGUACUUUAAACUUCACCCUGACGGCUUCAGGCCAGAGGAUGUGUACGUUUGUGAGUCUCGGUACUCUGCCAAGACCAAGUCUUUCAAGAAGAUAAAGAUGUGGACGAUGCCUUUGAGCUCAGUUAAGUUUGUCCCUCGCGAUGUGCCAUUGCCCGUGGUCCGAGUUGCCUCCAUGUUUGCCCCAAAGCAUGACAACGAGAAGCCUCCAGACGUGAUUGAGGACAGCAAAGCUGUUCUCUCCAUUAUUGAUAAGGAAAGAGAGGAUGUUCCAGUGGAGAUGAGUAACGGCGAGCCAGGCUGUCAGUACUAUGAACAGUUGUGUUAUAAUGACAUGUGGCUCAAAGUGGGAGACUGCGUCUACAUCCGCUCGCACGGGCUAGUGCGCCACAGAGUGGGAAGGAUUGAGAAGAUGUGGAUGCGGGACGGAGCCGCGUACUUUUUCGGCCCGAUUUUCAUCCAUCCUGAGGAGACAGAGCACGAGCCUACCAAGAUGUUCUACAAAAAAGAAGUGUUCCUUAGCAACCUGGAGGAGGCUUGCCCUAUGACCUGUAUAUCAGGAAAGUGUGCAGUGUCCUCCUUCAAGGACUAUGUUUCAUGCCGGCCGACAGAAGUACCAGAGGAAGACGUUUUGCUCUGUGAGAGCCGUUACAUAGAGAGUGAAAAAAUAAUGAAGAAGUUCAAAGGCCUUAAGCGGUUCUCUUUAUCUGCCAAAGUGGUUGAGGAUGAAAUCUACUAUUUCAGAAAGCUGAUAGUGCCUCAGAAGGAACCAUCUCCUCUCUUGGACAAGAAGAUCGAAGAGUUGGAGGCCAAAUUUGCAGAAAUGACGGAUGAGGAGCUGGAGGAACUGGGAGAAGAUGAUGGGGAGGGCUCAGACGCCCAGUCCAUGCCCCAGUUACAGACUCCGCUGACCAGCGAUUUGGACAUCAUGCCAUACACACCUCCACAGUCCACUCCAAAGUCCAUUAAGGGGAUGUCAAAGAAGGAAGGUGCCAAGAGGAAGAUCAAUAUGAGCGGCUACAUCCUGUUUAGCAGUGAGAUGAGAGCUGUCAUUAAAGCCCAGCACCCAGACUUCUCCUUUGGAGAACUCAGUCGCCUGGUGGGGACAGAGUGGAGGAACCUGGAGGCCUCCAAAAAGGCUGAGUAUGAAGAACGGGCAGCUAAAGUGGCAGAGCAGCAGGAGCGAGAGAGGGCGGCCCAACUACAGAACUCCCCGAGAGCAGGUACCCCUGUAGGGGCGCUCAUGGGGGUAGUGCCUCCUCCGACCCCCAUGGGGAUGCUUAACCCCAGCAUGACGCCUGUGUCAGGCAUGAUGGGUACGUAUGGGCCGCCUAUGCUGCCUCUGCAGGGCCCUGUUGACGGAAUGGUUAGUAUGGCCCCCAUGCCGCCACAUCACAUGGGGAUGCCUGCCUUACCAUAUCACCUUCCACCGGGUAUGCCCAGGUUCCCUGGCAUGCCAUACCCGGGUAUGAAUGGAGUGGCUGGCAAUUCCGGAGCAAACUCCUAUGGAAUUCAGAUGGGAAUGAUGGGUCAAGGCCAGCAGGCACCUCCACCGUACCCAGGUCAGGGUCAGGUCGGUCAGCCUGCGCUCCAGCAGCCCUCCACCCCUAUAUUCGUGACCCCACCACCCAAGUCUCAGCGUGUCCUCCACUCAGAAGCCUACCUGAGAUACAUAGAGGGGCUUAAUGCCGAGUCCUCUACUGUCAGCAAGUGGGACCAAACUCUGUCUGCCCGAAGGAAAGACGUUCGGCUCACGAAGGAACAAGAGAGCCGACUGCCGUCUCAUUGGCUGAAGAGUAAAGGGGCCCACACCACCAUGGCCGACGCUCUGUGGAGACUGCGAGAUCUGAUGCUGCGGGACACGCUAAACAUUCGCCAGACUUACAGCUUACACAAUAUCUGA